ACCUGAAUCUGAAUCAGUGCGUUAGUUAACUGUUAAUACUCGUAAAAAUGGCACUGACGAUCUGUGGGCCCAAAUUGUCCGGUUGUUGCAUGAUUUUGUCCCUAUGGGGCAUCAUUCAGCUGGGUCUGAUGGGAGUGUUUUUGUACUUCCAUUCCGUGGCGUUUGCAGAAGACAUCGCAGCAGAUAUACCUACCAACGAGAAUUGGUCGGAUCAACAGGUGAUCGACAAAUUCUACAAAGACGUCGACGAUGCGUAUGAAAUGUGUGCCGUCAACUGCUGGAUUGCAGCCGCCAUAUAUGUGGGAUUCUUUGCGUUUUCUUUGCAACAAUUCUGGGCUAAUCAGCGCAAGAAGUAAAUUAUUUAUUUUAUUUUAUUUUAUUUAUAUAGAAAUGUAGUUAACUGAUAUUAAAGUACUUUAAUCAUG